UAGUGCCUCCCUCACGCUGCCUCUCUGUUUCAGGGCGACAACCCCGAGGACUGUCCCAUAUGCCUGGCAGACUUUAAUGACGUGAUGCAGCGGCCGCGUACUCUGCCCUGUGGCCACUCCUUCUGCACACCGUGCAUAGAUAAGCUGAAGGAGCUGGGUUAUGUUACCUGCCCAGAAUGCCGCGACUGCCAUGUUGUGCCUGAGGGCGGAGAAUUCCCUGUCUCCUAUAUUGCUGAGGCCCUCAUGAGAGCGAUGAGAGAUGCCAAGGUUGCUGCACUUGCCUCACUGCCACCCAGUACCAGGAAAAGGAAAAGAGCAGCAAGGCCAGCUGGCAAAAACAAAGUGGCACGUCUCUCCAAGAAAAUGUGUUCCUUUCUGGAGGAACAGGAGGCCACAGUUAUGGACGCCAUUGCUGCCUGCCAGGAGGUUGAGUCGCAGUUGGACCAGUACCGGACGACCUUGACAGACUGGAGCGAGCAGCAGCAGCAGCUGAAGGACAGGCUCCAGGGACUGAUGGAGCAGAACGGAAGUGCCAAGGAGAUUGUGGAGCUGGAAAAGUCCCGCGUGGCAGCCAAGGAGAGGGAGGUGAAGAAGGGGAAGAAGGAGCUGCAGGCCGUGCUGGAGACAUACGCCCCAGCAACAGAUCAAGAAGCAGGCAUGGCAGUGACCGAAAUGGUGCGUUGCCUUGGUGAGGCAGAGCAGGUGGUGGAGGAGUGCCGAGAGGGUUUCCCUGAUGCCAGUGCUGUCACCAAUGUCUGGAAGGUGAGAGUGGCAUCUAGUGCAGCCAUAGAGGCUGCCCAGGCUGUCCUUUUGGCCCUGGAAACUGCUACUAAAGAAGAGCCGCACCCCCAGCCACACCCAGAAGAGCCCAGUGCCCAGUCAGACCCAGAAGAGGCCAGGGCCCAGUCAGACCCAGAAGAGACCAGGCCGCAGUCAGACCCAGAAGAGGCCAGGCCCCAGUCAGACCCAGAAGAGGCCAGGGCCCAGUCGGACCCAGAAGAGGCCAGGGCCCAGUCGGACCCGGAAGAGGCCAGGCCCCAGUCAGACCCAGAAGAGGCCAGGCCCCAGUCAGACCCAGAAGAGGCCAGGGCCCAGUCGGACCCAGAAGCGACCAGUGCCCAGUCAGACCCAGAAGAGGCCAGGGCCCAGUCAGACCCAGAAGCGACCAGUACCCAGUCAGACCCAGAAGAGGCCAGGGCCCAGUCAGACCCAGAAGCGACCAGUGCCCAAUCAGACCCAGAAGAGGCCAGGGCCCAGUCAGACCCAGAAGCGACCAGUGCCCAGUCAGACCCAGAAGCAACCAGUGCCCAGUCAGACCCAGAAGCAACCAGUGCCCAGUCAGACCCAGAAGAGGCCAGGGCCCAGUCAGACCCAGAAGGGACCAGUGCCCAGUCAGACCCAGAAGAGGCCAGGGCCCAGUCAGACCCAGAAGCGACCAGUGCCCAGUCAGACCCAGAAGCGACGAGUGCCCAGUCAGACCCAGAAGAGGCCACCAGGGCCCUGUUAAACCCAGAAGCAACCAGUGCCCAGUCAGACCCAGAAGAGGCCAGGGCCCAGUCAGACCCAGAAGAGGCCAGGGCCCAGUCAGACCCAGAAGAGGCCAGGGCCCAGUCAGACCCAGAAGAGGCUAGGGCCCAGUCAGACCCAGAAGAGGCCAGGGCCCAGUCAGACCCAGAAGAGGCCAGGGCCCAGUCAGACCCAGAAGAGGCCAGGGCCCAGUCAGACCCAGAAGAGGCCAGGGCCCAGUCAGACCCAGAAGAGGCCAGGGCCCAGUCGGACCCAGAAGCGACCAUUGCCCAGUCAGACCCAGAAGAGGCCAGGGCCCAGUCAGACCCAGAAGCGACCAGUGCCCAGUCAGACCCAGAAGAGGCCAGGGCCCAGUCAGACCCAGAAGAAGCCAGGGCCCAGUCAGACCCAGAAGAAGCCAGGGCCCAGUCAGACCUAGAAGAGGCCUCGGCCCUGUCAGACUCAGAGGAGGUCAACCCAGAUUCCACUAUCAUGGACAGACUGCAGCUCAUCUUGACCCUGAGCCUGAAGGCCAAGGACCUCCGCAGCCUGACACAGCCCACCAGGAGCCUGCUGCAGGCUGGUUUGGUGUUUGCUGUCCACCAGCUGGAAGGUCAGCGCCAAUAUGCAAGAAUAAGCCUUGAAGCCGGCCGGCUGUACCUCCACGCCCUGAAGGAGCAACCCCUGCCCCUGGGCGCAUCAACCCUGCAGGUGAGUGAGGUCGUGCCGUCCUACCCCCCCUGCACUGUGUUCCUGGACCUGUCCAUGCCGGGCAGCGUAACACGGCGGGUCCAAAUUCGUCUGAACCCCAACACCGCGCUGGGCAGAUGUGUUCUGUUGCUGUGCACGGGGCAGUGUGGCCACUCCUACCGCAACACCUGCUUGCUAGGGGGGGUGAGGAAGGGGGGGCCAGGAGAGUGUGUGAUUGCCGGGGGCUAUAAGAAAAAUGAUGGGACGGGCUCAUCCAUGCAUCUGCCAGACCAGAAUUAUGGUGAGUACCGGAGGUCAGGUCAGCCGGGGGAUGUGAGUGGGAUGAGGGUGCAAGACGAUACCCGAAUGAGAGGUUUGUUUGCCAUCUUCACAAAGAUAGGCCGUGUGUCGCCUUGUGUCUUUGGUGAGGUGGUGGAAGGACUGCCCGUGCUGAUUGAGGCAUCCCAGCUUGGCAACAUUAAGGAGGUGACUGUGGUGGACUGUGGUGUGGUGUUGUGAGGGUAAUGGCCUGCACCACCACCACUACCACCACCACGACCUCCAUCACAGCAACAUUGAGGAAGUGACUGUGGUAGACUGUGGUGCCGUUUGUGAAGGUAAUGGUGUGCACCACCACCACCAUCACAGCAACAUUGCGGAGGUGACUGUGGACUGUGGUGAGGUGUUGUAAGUGUAGGCCUGCACCACCACCAUAACCACCACCACCACCACCACCACCACCACCACCAUAACCACCACCACCGUAACCACCACUACCACCCCUGUCCCCCAUCCCGAAAACAAGCACACCUCAGUCCCUCAGUGACUACAGGUCCAUUGCCAUCACCCCGAUCCCCAGCCUGUUCUGUGAAGGCUUCAUCUUUAGAUGGGCCUAUACUCACCUCGCCCCCCUCAUGGACCAACAGCAGUUUGGGAACAUCAAGUCCUCCUCCACCGCUCACUGCCUCAUUAACCUUGAUUAUAUCUACAGAAACCUUGAAAAAAGAAAAACUUCAGUGGCCCUCACCUUCAUAGACUUCCAGAAAGCCUUCGACCUCGGUCACCACACCACCGUCAUCACCAAAGCCUUUAACAUCCAGCUUCACCCCAGCCUGGUGUCCUGGCUCUCUAACUUCCUCUCCCACAGGAGUCAGGUCAUGAGACAUCAGGGAGCAACCUCCCCCCCCCUCAGCACCUCACCUGUGCAGUCCCCCAGGGGACCAGGAUGGGAUGCUUCCUGAUGCUUAUAAACAACGCCAUGAUGGACACCAGUGCUUGGUGGAAAUACGUGGACGACACCACCCUUGCCACCACCAUCAACAACGACAACCCGGAUUACAGCCAUCUCCAGCUCCUCCUUGACCUCCUCCACACUUGGACCACUGACAACAAAGUCACCCUCAACACCAACAAGACUACAGUAAUGCACAUCCACACCUCCUCAGACACCUUCCUCCCUCCCUGUGUCUCCAUAGACAGCCGUCCCCUCCAGGUGGUUCAGUCUGUCAAGUUUCUCGGCCUCACCAUUGACAACAAACUGACGUGGGGCCAACACGUCAGCUCACUCAUAACGUCAGUCAUAUACCGGCUACACCUCCUCCAAAGAUUGAAGAAGCUGGGGACACCAGUGUGUGAGCUGGUGAGUGUGUACUCCACCUUCAUACUCCCUCGGCUCACGUACACGUCCCCAGCUUGGUCAUCUUCCUUCAACGUCACUCAACGCCAUCAACUCGAGCGGGUGCAAAAAAGGGGACCGGCUACACCACCUACCAGGAGGCCCUCCCCGCCCUGCACCUCACCACCCUUCAGGCCCCCCACCAACAUUUCCAGCAGUUCGCCACCAAACUCCUCUGCUCCCCCCGGUAGCUCCCUCUCCCUGCCACAAUGUCCGACACCACAACAAGCUGCUCCUUUUACAUGCGCACACAGACAGAUACAAGAAAAGUGCAAUACCAACAGUAGUGAAAAUCCUCAUCACAUAGACACUUUACUUUUAAGUUGAUUUUAAGUUUGUAAUUUUAGAAUUAGCUCCCCAUAUAAUAUGUAUAUUUUCAGCUCUCGAGCUGCUUAUUCCUAAAUAAACUGUAUAUUAUUA